AUGCGCGAGCGAGUCGAGGCUAGUUGCCCCGCCAGCGACCCCGGACGUGCCCACGCCGCGAUUUUCCACGAGUCGCAAGAUUUUUCCUGGGAGGCUCUUCGCGACAGGGUAGAGGUUACGGUGCGGCGGCAGACUGAGGCAGUCAACACUGCGGCCGCACCACAAGGCGUCGGCGAGACAGAGACGCAGGCGAAGCGGUGGGAGAGCCACUUUCUGGGGUGCGGCAACGGAUCGAGCGUGCUGCCGCUGCUGCGCGGCAAUCCGCUUGCUCGCGUCCACGCCACCGACCCGUCGCCCACCGCCGUGGCUGACACGGUGCGUCGGGUGGAGGAGGCGGGCUUCUCCGACCGGCUCACGGCCGAGGUCCCGCCCGGCCUCACACGCCCGUGCUCGCCGGGGCACGGCCCGUUCGACGCCGUCAUGGCCCUCUUCACGCUGUCGGCAGACAGCCCGCGGCGAGCGGCGCGAGAGCGCGGCGCGGCCAUCCCGGGCGGAGACGACGCGGUGCUCCUCUCGGCCGCCGCGGGAGAGCUGCGGCCGGGCGGCGUGCUGCUGCUCCGGGAUUGCGGCCUCUACGACAUGCGCCACUUGCGAGACGCUGCGCGCGGCGAGCGCGACGCCACCCUGCUACCCACAAACAAGCUGGCCGCGGCCGCGGGGCUCGAGGUGGUCGAGAGCCGGUACUUGUGCGUCCGCCUCACCAACCAGCGGCGCGGCGUGCACAUGGACCGAGUGUACGUGCACGCGGUGUUGCGGCGGCCGGUGGGGCACAGCAGGCGCCUGCUCCACGCCAACUCUCGGCUGCGCAUCUUCGACGAGCGGCUCGGUCCGGACUGCACCGCCAGCGUCCACCACGCGGUGCCGGCGGUGCGGUGGCAAGUCCUCGAUGCGAGCCAGCCGACGCCGUCGCCCUUCUUCCACGCCGCGGGCUUCACGGCGACGGUGCGCAACGUCUCGCCGCACGAGCGGCGGGACAUCUGCUUCGAAGUGCUCGGCGAGCCGCUGCACGGCGAGGAGGAGAACGCGCUCGUGCGCAUGUGGGACUUCCGCGCCAGCCUCGGGAUGGACCGACUCGCCUUCCACCAGCACGUGUUCGACAAUGCGUGGGUGGUGCUCGGCGACGGCGCGGCGCUCCGCGGCGCGGCUCUCAACGUCUACACGCCGGUCGCCGGCGGCGGCGCCAAGCUCGAGAAGACGGUGCAUUUUCACGACGGCUUCGUCUCGUGGACGGUCGUGCGGAACGGCGGAUUCGACGCCGACGGAGAGCCGCUCGCGCCCACGUGCUUGCACAGCGUCGACAGCGCAGUUCCGUCCGUCGAGUUUCGCGAGUAUUUGAUAGAGCUGAAGUAGCAAUCCGGAGCAGCAAUCUCACGAGCGGAGCCACGCCUGCUCUGCAUGAAUCGCCGUUAGAAUUACCCCGGUGCCGGCACCGGACGGUGCGGGUGGUGAAUC